AUGGCCAAGCUCCUUGGCUCACUGAACGGGUUUUUGUUCACUGGAGGGCAGGACAUGGAUCCUCCUCCUGCUGCACUUCGGGUGCUUGAGCACUCCAGACGCAUGUUCGAGGCCGGCCAGGUCUUCCCUGUCUGGGGAACCUGCUUGGGCUUUGAGUGGAUGGUCGCAGCCAUGUCGCCAAAGAGUCUCCUUCCAGGAUUUAGGGCCGAGAAUGUGAACUUGCCGGUGCACUUGCAGCAGAGGGCCACCACAUCCCGGCUCUUUUCUGAGGCCCCUCAAAGGGUUCUAGAGGCUUUGCAGUUCGCGAACGUCGCCUUCAAUUCGCACCACAGGGGGGUGUUUCCAGUGGAGUUCCUGCGGCCGGAGCUGAAGGACUUCCAGGUGCUGGGCACGAGCUUCGAUGAAGAUGGCAAGGAGUUCGCUUGUGUGAUAGAGGGCGUCAACUUGCCCUGGUUUGGUGUUCAAUUCCAUCCUGAGAAAAAUGCUUUCGAGCAUGGACUUCUCCCAGACGGCCAGCCUGCAACGGCUGCCAAGCAUGGCCCAGAUGCCAUUGCCACAACGCAGUUCUUUGCAAACUUCUUUGUGCAGCAGGCGCGCUUGAAUUCUCAGAGUUUCCGAUCUGAAGCCGAGGAGGCAAGCCACCUGAUCUAUGGUCACCAGACCUCUCGCGUUUUUCAGCCUUACUUUGACGAGGCUCAACCCUUGCUGACGUUGCGACAGCUACUGUAA